AUGGUGGGUACAAUUGAACGGCUGCAACAAGAGCUCGCCGCGGCCCGCUCCGCUCGCGAAACGGUGCCGGCACCGGCCCCAGAUACCAUCGGCCCUAUUUCCUCUUUUAGAACAAGACUCGAGAGUUUGGACAAAAUCAAGAUCCAUCCACUGGAACCCGACGUCGUGCCCGCCCGGCUCCCGAAGCCUGACAGGGCGCGUGUACUAGACUAUCUUGAGUCCCUCACGUUCCAGGAGGCCAUGCUUCUUGUCGACCGGUCGCACUUCUUCCUCAACGAUAUUUAUUUCCCGUACGACGUCGAUCUGCUGAAAGCGCGGCUUUCGCAGACAUACGACCCGUCCGGGCGGUUCAGAAAUCUUGCAGACCACUCUUCGACCCAAUUCCGCGCUCUCUGCUUUGUGGUUAUGGCUCUCGGCACAAAGUAUACCCGCAGCUCCGACCCAAUUACCGGAUAUUUGCUUUCCAGCGCCCUCACGCUGGUGCUGCCCUGUACGCAGAUGAAAAACGAGCCCGAAAACUACGUUGCAGUGGCGACGCUGACGCUAGCCAGCCUGUUUUUCCGCUCGCUGGGCCGCGACGACGACUGCAUGCUCUACUCGAAUAUGGCGAUCCAGCUGGCAAGCCACAUCGGGCUCAGCAAAAACGAGCCGGCGCACACGCCACACGAGGCAGACAUCCGCGCGCGCGUCUUCUGGGUCUCGUACGGGCUCAACAAGACUCUUGCGGCGAAAAUGGGCGAGCCGUCGCUCCUGCAGUCCAAAGACAUCUCGUGCCCGCUGCCACAGAUGCUGUGCAAGGAUGUGCCCAACACGACGGCCGCCGCGCAGUUCGCAACCUAUAUCAAGCUCAGCGCCAUCUCGGAGGAUAUAUUCCGGGCGAUCUACCGACUCGGCAAGACGUCCAACUGGACGGAAACUCUGGGAGGCAUUAUCCAGCAACUGGUUCGGUGGAACGAAACGCUGCCACGUGAGCUGCAGUUGCAGUACAACGCCACGUCCGACGACCUCAAACACAAGCGUCUGGUGUGCUCGCUUCAUCUGAACCGCUGUUUCUGCAUCCAUCUCACCACGAUCCCGUUUUUGUACAGUUUGGUCGAGAUGAAGAAAACAGACCCCGAAUUCAAAAUCAGCACCGACCUGUGCGAGCUGCUCACGAUCUGUCUCAACGCCGCGCAGAUGACCGUCUACAUCGCCAACUCGUGCGCCAACGAGGGCAUGCUCGCGACCUACGGCGUCAUGGACCUCGACUAUAUCUACAGCGCAUGCUUGACGUUUUUCAUCUGCGGUGACGUGCUGCAGUUCAACACCGACGAAUGUUCGCGGUUCCUGGACUCGUCGCUCGCGAUCGUCGCGAAAAUGGCCAGCGAGGGCAACAAGGACGCCACCGUCAAGCACACCAAGGUGCAGAAUCUGCUUGCCAGCUACCGGCCGCAGCUGCCGGAUGUUUCGUCUCCCGGCCUGGAUCUCGCUAGUCUGGACGUUCCAGACACGCUGUGGACACAGAACCCGAUCGAGACGUUUCAGGCGCUCGCGGGCCACGACCUAAACAUCUGGGAGUACGGCUACAAGUCGUGGCAGCACGUGGACGAGCUCUGGGACGAUUUCGCAGAAACGUACAAUUAA